AUGAAGACUGAGAACAGAGGCACCUGCCUGAUCAUCAACAAUGAGAACUUCAAGACUAUGGAAAAGCGAAAGGGGACGAUGAUGGAUGAAGUGUGUGCAACUCAGGUGUUUCAGAGUCUUGGGUUUGAGGUCGAGAUUUACAGAGACUGCGACAAGAAAACCAUUCUUUCUAUCAUCAAAGAGACGGCAGCAGAAGAUCACAGUCAGGUGGACAGUCUGGUCUGCAUGGUCUUCAGCCAUGGGGAUGAGGGUUGUGUGUUCGGGGUGGAUGGUGGGGCCGUCAUGCUCCAGGAGCUAACAGCUCCCUUCACUGGAUCCAAGUGUCCGAGCUUGGCUGGGAAGCCCAAGAUGUUCUUCAUCCAGGCCUGUCAGGGAGAGAAGAACAAUGAUCCUGUCACCAUCGAGGCAGACAGUGGGGUCGUCAGUGAUGCUGUGAAACCCCCCACCAUCCCUUCUGAAUCAGACUUCCUGCUGGCAAAGUCUACUGUCUCGACCUACUGUGCCUACAGAGAUACCAGCCAGGGGUCCUGGUUCAUUCAGUCGUUGUGUGGACAUCUCUUCGCCUUGGCGCCAAGGAAAGUCGACCUUCUGUCUAUUCUGACAAGGGUCAAUGAAGACGUCAGUGACAAGGAUGUUGACUCACUGAAGCAAAUGCCGGAAUUCGUCUCCUCCCUAAGAAAGAAAGUCAUCAUUCCAUCCUGUGGUGUUCAAAUCCAGGAGACCUCAUCUCCAAAAUACCAAAUUUCGCAGAAUGGCAAUAGUUUUACCUCAAGGGUGCUGACCUCCUCCUCAACUCGUGAGUUCCUACCUGUGCAGGCCAACACCUCACCUCACAAGCUGUUUCACUCUUAA